CACCUUGUCCAAGCAAAGGAAGAACGUCAUCAGCUGUGUCACCGUGCACGACUCCCCCUACUCGGACUCCUCUAGCAACAACAGCCCUUACGCCGUGCAGCAUCGCGCGGGGCAGAACAACGGCAGCGCCUACGACACCAAAGGGGUUCCAGAGACUCACUGCAGUGGGAACCCUCGAACGAUCAUCGUGCCACCACUGAAAACCCAGGCCAGUGAGGUGUUGGUAGAGUGCGAUAGCCUGGCACCAGUCACCACCAGUCACCACUCAUCCUCCUACAAGUCCAAGUCCUCCAGCACCGUGACCUCCACCAGCGGUCACUCUUCAGGGAGCUCGUCUGGAGCCGUUGCCUAUAGGCAGCAGCGACCAGGAGCACAUUUCCAGCAGCAGCAGCCUCUUAAUCUAAGUCAGGCCCAGCAGCACAUCACGACCGAUCGCACAGGGAGUCACCGGAGACAGCAAGCCUACAUCACUCCAACGAUAGCUCAGGCCCCGUACUCUUUCCCGCACACUAGGGCCAGGCACGGUACGGUUCACCCCCACUUGGCUGCGGCCGCCGCUGCUCACCUGCCCACCCAGCCCCACCUCUACACAUACACCGCCCCUGCUGCCCUGGGCUCCACGGGCACUGUCGCGCACCUGGUGGCUUCCCAAGGGUCUGCGCGGCACGCCGUGCAGCACACCACCUACCCCGCCAGCAUCGUCCACCAGGUCCCCGUCAGCAUGGGCCCACGCGUUCUGCCCUCGCCCACCAUCCACCCAAGCCAGUACCAGGCUCAGUUUGCCCACCAGACCUAUAUCAGUGCUUCUCCAGCCUCCACAGUCUACACUGGAUACCCACUGAGCCCCACCAAGGUCAACCAGUACCCUUACAUCUAAACACUGGAAUCAGGAGUGAGAGACGUGCCCGUCCCGUGGAGCGAGGCGGCCGCUUUUGUGCUGAAGAACGGGACAAACUAACAAUGCAAGGGGAGGCCCACGCGAAACUUGAAUGAAGGAGACUGUAAGGAAGAAAUUAAAAAGGAAAGAAGGGGGAGAACCAAUUCUACACUUUUUAUUUAAAAAAAAAAAAAAGAAAAUGGAAAAAAAGA